AUGGCGCCUAACGACGGGUCCGGCUUCCUGGAGAUACCCACGCUGGACGAUUCGCUCGCCAUGCUCGGAAAUAAGCUCUCCGCGCUCGCCGCCGCCGCCACCACCCCCGCAGCGGCCGAGCGGGACGCCACCAGCAUCGCGGUCGGCGAGAUGCCGCCCGACGAAUUCAUGCACUGGAAUGCUUACACCGGCGGCCAGCUCCGGCUGCCCGCCGUCGACUGGGCCGACAGUUCGACCUGCCGCCCGGAGCCGACGUCGCUUAAGGGCUUCCGGACGGCCACCCGGCGCGCCGAAGCCCUAAGCCGCCUGUACGCUAAGGAGGAGGAGGCGCCGGCGCUAACGCCGGGCCACGCCGUCUGGUUCGUCGAGCGGCACCUGCCGCACCUGCCGCUCGUCAAGGCCAUGGCGCGCGUUAUCGGCGCCGAAACCAACCUUAGCGGCGGCCGGCGCGCGGGGUCGGGCCCUUCCGCCUCCGCCGCCGCCGCCGCCGCGCACAGACUGGCGGACAGACUGGCGGGCCUGCAGACCAUCAACAAGAUCCCGUCCCUCACGGGCCGCGUCCAGGCGAGAUGCGCGAGCAGGGGCGGCAGGCCGGGCCUGCGGGCCGUCGAGCAGCCGCGCCUCGCCCUCGUCGCCCACCGCGCGGCCCUCCGCGCGGCCCUCCGCGCGGCCCUGGACGGCGGCCGAGGUGAUGGCGGUGGCGGUGGAGGAGGUCGUCUUGCGACUGGGGCCGCCCCGGCGGUGGCGGUUAAGCGGAAGGGGGACGACGCAAAGUCCCCCGCCAACCCCCCAGGUGCCACAUGCUACGGCCCGAAAUGCGGGACGGAGUCGCCCGAUUCGCUAAAUGCCGAUUCCUCAGAGGAUGUUUGCUACGGCUGGGGCAUCGGCUCCUUAACCGGAACAGGAGGCUGCUGGUCCCAGCCGGAUUUCGGCGCAGACGGAUUCCCAGGUGCCGUCCGUGGCCUAACACUCGAUGGGAGGCCGACCCGCGGGCGGCCGAGGACAAAGGGGACCGGAAACCGGGCGACAACGUUGCUUGUUCCCGGCAGUAUGCGCGGCGGGGCAAACGGAGGGUUUGAUCGUAGCGGCCUAAACCCCGGACUCGGCGUCUUAUUGGCGAGUAAGCCGCCGGGCGCGGCGGCAGGCGUCGGGGUGGUCGGGGUUUGCACAACAGGCAGGGCCGGCAUUAGCACGGCAUGCAGAGUUGGCAUCGGUACGACCGGCAGAGUCGGCACCGGCACGGCAGGCAUAGGCGGCGUGCGCGGCGGCAGAGGGGCUUCGGAAACGGGCACGUCCCCGCGCGCAGUCGGGUCGCCGCUCCCAAAGGUGCCAAACGGACUCCUCGGGCUCACCAUGCUUCCGGUUGAUGUCGGACGCGAAGACCUCGGCCGCCACGGCGCGGAGCCGGUCCAUGCCGGGCCACACGGCGGCAGGCAGUCCGCUCAUGGUCACGGUAAGGCAUGUGUGCACGUGCUGCUGCUGCUGCUGCUGCUGCUGCGCGGCGGCGGCGGCGGCGAGUGGAUUCUGGCUGGAUUCCUACCAAAUGCAUCCAUCGUUUGCAACAAAGCUCAAGGAGGGCCUCUACCGGUGGCUCGCAAGAUUUUGCAUCGCUGA